UUUCUUGCUUCCAUGGAAGAAGAGCUCCACAAUGCAGCUUCUGACGCUGGCGGGGCUCUUCCUCUGGACAACGAUGGAACGCAAAACUCGGAGAGCACCAGCACUGACGUGUGGGAGAACUUGCGAGAGAUUUUUCAAGACAUAGACUCCCAGUCCAGCAGUGUCGAGAGCAAGGCUCUCUUAAAGAAACCCAUCAUGCAUCUCCGGCGACUACUGGAAGUCCACUCUAUGAUCCGUAAGACCUCGCCUCGGCUAGUUCUUGAGAACCAGAGACGUUUCUUGCUUACAGGUGAGGCAGAAAACGAGCUGGAUAAAUCUUACCUUGGUGUUUUGUUCGAGCGAGAGUGGUACCUCAGGAAACUACAAGCUGUUGAGGCUGCAAUCGGGCCUGCUCCACCAUACGUCCAAACCGUGACAAACACCGGCGGCGUUUCUGCGGCAGCAGCAUUCGCCAUGACCAUCAGAAGCAUUCUCUACGAAGAUAGCCAGGAUUUUAGCCUGGUUGGAUCGAGAUGGCGCUGAAGAUCUAUCCUGUUUUAUUAGUACGUACUGCCCUAGGGGAACAAAAGUUGUUCCACAAUCGCUUCUAAUCUACUUAUACGUACAUGAA